AUGCAGGACCUCGCCCACCAUGCUGCGGACGUCCUGAGGUUCGGGGCGCAGGCACUGGGGGCCUCGCUGGUGGUCGAGCCCUCGUGCGCGGACAUCGUGGCGGCGUACGCUGUGGCCGCCUGCACGGUCGGGCUCGCCGUCGGCGCUGGUGCAGGUGAGGCUUGCUCGCUCCCGAGCCCCAGCACUUCAGUGAUGGCGGGAGGCUUCCACGCUAUUCGCUACCGCGUGGGAGGUGUGGCUUUGUGGCACGAGCGCUUAGUGCUCGGGGUCUCGGCGGGGUUCGCGUAUGUCGUCACGCCCGACUUCGACGACUACGAUGAGCCGAUCGCGGUGGGGCCCGACGUGCGGGCCGUGCUGCCGCUGGCUGGACAGGGCGACACGCCUGCUGCGCUGGUCGGCGCCGCAGUGCAUCGAUUCAGACGCUUGCCGACGGCCGCGGAGCUGUGGGCUGCCGUGGGUCGCUCCGUGGCCGCGGGGUACCCGAUGCCAGCGGACCCUCUUCCUCUGGCUCUCGCGGCGGGCAAUGCUGCAGGCGCGCCUCCAGGGCCCUGCCCGCUGGCGGACCCAGCAGCUGCGGCCGCCGCCGUGCCGCCGCCUCUCGCCCUACCACCUGCGGAUGGUCCUGCUGCUCCCGUCCCGCCGGGGGCCGCCCCUGGAGUCGCGGCGCUGGCCGCCGCUCUGGGGCCCGUGCCACCUGGCCCUGCCGCGGCGCCGCCGCUGGCGCCUGUGCCUGGAGCUGCGGCUGGUGGCGCUCUCGCGGUCGAUGCUCUUCCCGUUCCUGCUGGCGACUUCAGGGUGCUGCCGAUGGCGAUCAACCAGCGGGGCGAGCGCGAGCGGAGGUUCGGCGAGACGGUGAACGGCCUCUCAGAGACCGAGGUGGUGGGCUGGCCCAUCCAGGGCCCGCGUACUCUUCUCUGGUGCUUGUCCUUUAUGUCAACCAUGGCGGGGACGCCCACCGCGUGGCAUCAGCGGUGGCUCACGGCCAUGGCCCUGGCCGACGACGACGAGUACGCCAAGCUCCAUGAGACCCUCUGUCGGGUCUUAGACCUCGCCGUGGUCUACGACCAACUGCAGGUGGCGGAGAUGGCGUCCUUCGAGGUCGUCGCACGUCAGCUUCAGCUGCUGGAGGAACGGGUGUACGAGUCUCGCUCGGCGCCCCCGACGGCUGCCGCGCCCAAGGCCAAGUCUGGAGCCAGGAGCGCCGCGACGGCCACCGCCGUCAGCAUGCCCGAGACGAGCUACUUCUUGGGCGCGGGGGUCUCCAAGGCCAACUUGUGCAUCUCUCCGAAGCUGCUCGAGUACAUCGCAGAUCAGAUGAAGGCGGAGGCCGCCAUCAGCAAAGAACGACGCAAGGCAGCCCUGGCAGAGUUGCUCGCGUCGGCGCCUGGAUACUCUGGUGAGUCUCGGGUGAGACCCUACGACAAGGAGCUCGUCUCCUGGCCGAAGCACGUGGCUGGCAUGCUAGAGUGGGAGGUCGCCGAACGUCAGGCGCCCUACUCCACAGACCAUGGCGACAUCAUCGCAGCUGGCUACGUGGAUAACUUCGCCACCGUCUCACUCAGUCCAGAAGUUGCCACCGCUUCGUGCCAGGCCAUUCGAGACGUGCUGGUUGCUAGGGGCUUACCUGUGGAAGAGUUCGCCCCCGCGGCGCAGCGCGUCACCUUCACUGGCCUCGACAUCCUGGGCGACGUCGGCGUCGUCAGGUGCAAGGUGGACCGGUUGUCUCGGUUGCGCCAGGCCCUACUUGGGCUACUCAGACGUGGCUUCGCAUCCCCGCUUGCGUUGUCCGCCGUGGUCGGGCACUGCACCUGGGGGAUGAUCACCAACAGGCCCAUGCUCUCCAUCUUCCACGCAGUCUACCGCUUCAUGGGUCAGGACUCGCGUCGGGCUUUGCCGCUGUGGCCGUCAGUCGUCUCUGAGCUCCGUGCCGCUGCUUCCCUCAUCCCGUUGUGGUGGGCUGAUGUCAGGGCAGAGUGGGCGGCCACCACCUUUUGCAGCGACGCCUCUCCAUACGGCAUUGGCGUGUGUCGCAAGUUCGUGGAACAAGAGGUCGCUGCUGCCGCAGGUCGACUGUCUGAGAAAUGGCGCUACCGCUUCUCCGAUGCCGUGCACGCCCGCGCCCGCGCUCUGGGAGUCGACCCGAACGUCGUGUUGGAAGCUGCCGUGAGCAAAAGAGGCCUCAAAGACUGCGAGCAGUGCCCGAGGGGCGUUCUGGUGCCCGAGGGCUUCGCGAUCCACUACGACGCCUCUGUGCUCUGUCCGCAGCUUCCGGCAUUCGCCACGCUGUGCGAUGGAUCCCUAGCGAGAGCAAUGCCGCAGACUCGCCGUCGAGGACAGGUUUCUUUGUCGGGCCGACCUUCGAGGAGCACCAAGCGGCUGCACCCCGAGUUUCGGCGCCAGCGAGCCACGACCGUGACGGAGCAGAGGACCAAGACGCAUCCAGGACCACAACGGCUCGGGCGGGGUGCGCUCUCGGUCCUCGAGUCAGCUGCCGUGUCGGACACAACCAUGGCCAACUACUGGGGCGCCGCCAAGAAGUUCGAGGAGUGGUGCCGCUGGACGUCCCAGACCUUCACCACGGCGGCGGAGGUCGAUGUCAUCCUAGUUACCUACUUCGUGAACCUCUUUCUGGACGGCUUCGACAGUGCUACGGGCCGAGUCCUGCUCGCCUCCUUGAAGCACUACCUGCCUUCGAUCCUGGUGGGCAGGACGCCGUGCCCGCGUGCAGCUCGCGCCUUGACAGGCUGGCGGAAGCUCGUGCCCCCGCAGAUGCGACUACCCCUUCCACGGGCGGCGAUGGCCUCCAUCGUGGGCGUCCUCAUCUCGUGGAAGCUCUUCGGCAUGGCAGUGUUCAUCAGGCUGAUGUUCGACACCUACCUGAGGCCCAGCGAGGCCUAUCGGCUAACAGCGGGCAGCGUUAUUCGACCAAGACCCGAUGCCGCCCGCGGGUACGGACAUUGGGCCCUGAUCGUCAACGACGCCUGCCUCGAUCGUCCUGGGAAGACAGGGGAGAUGGACGAGAGCGUGAUCGUCGACAACCCGACGCUCUGGCCCCUUCUCGACGCGCUGGUGCUGGGCAAGAAGACGAGCGACGGCCUCUGGACCUUCGCCCCCGACGAGGUGCGGAGCAUGUUCCGUCGUGCUGCCGCUGCGCUCGGGUUGGAAGCCGAGAUGACGCUCUACUCCCUUCGGCAUGGGGGUGCGUCCGACGACCUCCUGUCUCUCCGACGCACCAGGAAGGAGGUCAAGGACCGCGGCCGAUGGAGGACGGACCAGAGCCUCCUCCGCUAUGCCAAGAGGGCUCGUAUGCAGCAGCGGAUCGCCUCCCUAGACCAGAACUUGAUCGACUUCGGGCACGCGGUCGACUCGCAGAUGAACAAUCUCAUUCUGCAGACCACCUCCUCAGGCGUCUUCCCGCUGCAAGUGCCGCUUGCCGUGACGCCGACACCGCCAGCGGUCAGGCCUCCGCCUCCGCGAGUGACAGCGCGGUGGGCCUUCGCCUGA